UUUGAAGUGCCUCCACCGUCUCUUUCCACCCUCCUGUUCCCAGAAUCAUAGAGACCGUCAGAGACCAUGGACGAAUCCAAGUCCCAGCACCCACUUCAAGCGCCUCGACAAAAGCGUCCAUUGAAUUCCAUCAAUUAGCCGGGGCGCAGGACCCCACCGGUCAGAGCAGCCAACGCAGCAAAGCAAUAGAGGUGUUCAACUGCCCCCAAUAAAAGCCCGGAAGGGGAAGCAAAUCGAAGGAACCAAGAAGAGAAGAACAAGAGUGGGGAAGGGGAAGGGGAAGGGGAAGGAGGGAAAGAAGUGAAAGCUCUUGGAGAGAUUUCUCUCUCCUCUCUUUACCGAUCUCCUCUGAGGAUUCCAUUGAUUGAUUCAGUCGGGAAGCUUGAGGUGUGGAAAUCCCUCGAAAACAUACACGCAGUACUGCUUGAUGGUUGUUCGUCGAAAUGAUCUUUCUUGUCUUUAUCUCUAUUUAGCACUCGGUUAGCAUGAUGACUUGUGGGAGUAUUAUGGCUGCAAAGAGUAAACGCUGUAAAGGACUUUCCUAUCGCUCCACCAAUGUCAUCCCUGUAUUUUUCUAGGUAUCUGAAUUGUUCCACUUCCUUUAUUGCUGAAAGCAAAUGCAGAUAUGGAUGACGGUCGACAUCGGGAAAAUGGAAGACACAAGCCAGAUCAAUUCAAAUCAGUUCACACUCAGUGGAUGAUGCCACAACAUCAGAUGAAGGACCAUCAAACUAUGAAGCUCAUGGCCAUCAUGGCUGAGCGGGAUAGUGCUAUCCAUGAACGCAACCUAGCCAUCUCUGAGAAAAAAGCUGCUUUGGCUGAGCGAGAUAUGGCAAUCCUUCAACGUGAUGCUGCAAUUGCUGAGCGAAAUAAUGCAAUUAUGGAACGUGACAAUGCAAUCGCUGCUCUUCAAUAUGCCCGAGAGACCGGCAUGAAUGGUAAUGGUGGAAAUGGAUGUUCUCCUGGCUGCACUGCUCCGACAAAGCAUCAUGACCACCUUCCACAUGUUCAUCCCUCACCGAAACAACUAUCAGAUGCUCCAUAUGACCAUGAAAGACAGGUGGAUGUUACUGAGGCAUAUCCAAUUUCGACUGCAGUAGAGAGUGCAAAAGGCAGCAAGGUUAAAAGAAUGAGGAAGGAGAACGGAGUCCAAGCAAUUCCAACCAAGAAGUCAUCAAAAUCACCAAAGAAGAACAAGAGGAGUGGUAAUGAUGAUCUAAACAGGCAGGUUAGCAUUGCAAAGUUCCAUGGUGAGUGGAAGGGUCAGGAACAGGUUAGUGAUGGGGGAGAUGUGAAUAAGGUCCCUGUAACAAAGCACCAGUGGAAGGGUCAAGACUUGGGCUUGAACCAGGUCUCAUUCGAUGAAUCAACCAUGCCGGUACCUGUGUGUUCAUGCACGGGAAAGUUCCACCCAUGUUACAAGUGGGGAAAUGGUGGGUGGCAGUCUUCAUGCUGCACCACAACACUGUCCAUGUAUCCGCUCCCGGUGAUGCCCAACAAGCGCCAUGCUCGCGUUGGAGGACGGAAAAUGAGCGGCGGUGCUUUCAUUAAGCUGCUCAGCCGGCUGGCAGCAGAGGGCCAUGAUCUGUCGACACCAGUGGACCUUAAAGAUCACUGGGCUAAGCACGGGACAAAUCGCUACAUCACCAUUAAGUAAUGUAGAAUCUCUGGUAAGCUACUUGCGAAGCUAAUAGGGAGCAACAAGGGCCAGCCCUAGUGACUGUAGGCCUGUUAUUUGUUCUUCCUUUUUAAGGAAGACGAUUCUGCAGAAAUGUUAGAUUGUGUUCAGUGGAAGAUGAUGGGUAGUGUUCUAAAUGUGAUCAGAUGUUGCUUUCUCCAAUAUAUGUACCUUAUGGAUGUCAAUAUAUUUUGUGUUUCAGCUACCCUGCAAUGGUAAGGCUUAGGACUGGAAUAUGAUUCCAGAAAGUUGCAGGUAUGCUUUAGAGUAGGGUCUAUGUAUGUAGAACUGAUCUUGUAAGAUGCUGAUUAGCAAAAUACUGUGCUCACUUAAUGAGGUUAUGUUUUGUUAGACUUGUAGAAAAGAUUCAUCUUUUAUCUUUCUCAUGAAUUUCUGAUAUUUUUUUAAA